AGACAACAUCAACUUUAUCUCAAAAUAAUUGAUAAGUGUAAAAGAUCACAGUUUAUUAAAUUUUCUUCCCUCAUUUUUGUGGUACACAGAGUAAAUAAGAAAAUGACCCAGAACCAAAGAUGAACUGGGCAUCGUUUUAUGCUGUCAUCAGUGGCGUUAACAGACACUCCACUGGCAUCGGCCGCAUCUGGCUCUCCGUCCUCUUCAUUUUCCGGAUCUUGGUCCUGGUGGUAGCAGCUGAGAGUGUUUGGGGCGACGAGAAAUCUGGCUUCACAUGCAACACCCAGCAGCCAGGCUGCAACAGUGUCUGCUAUGACCACUUUUUCCCCAUCUCCCACAUCCGCCUGUGGGCCCUCCAGCUCAUCCUGGUCUCCACUCCGGCCCUGCUGGUCGCCAUGCACGUGGCCCACCGCCGCCAUGUCGACAAGAGGCUGUACAAACUGUCAGGACGGACCAACCCUAAAGACCUGGAGCAGAUAAAGACACAGAAGAUGAAAAUCACAGGUGCUUUGUGGUGGACAUACGUCAUCAGCCUGUUGUUCCGUCUGAUCUUUGAAGUCACCUUCAUGUAUUUGUUUUACAUGAUCUACCCCGGAUAUAAGAUGAUCCGGCUGGUGAAGUGUGACUCGUACCCCUGUCCAAACACCGUGGACUGCUUUGUGUCCAGGCCCACAGAGAAGACAGUCUUCACUGUGUUCAUGCUGGCUGUGUCAGGGGUCUGUAUCCUGUUAAAUAUUGCAGAGGUGGUAUUCUUGGUAGGGAAAGCCUGCGGUAAGCAUUUGAGCAAUGCUGGAGACUCGACUAUGGGGGCUUGGAUCCAAAAGCUCUGCUCCUACUAA